UAAGAAUGAAGGCGAUGUCACCGCCAAAUUCUACUUCGCGAAGCGCAAAAUGGUGUGGGAGGUGCUAGAUGGAGCUCUCAAGAGCAAGCUCGAAAUGCCAUGGUCUGAUAUCUCUGCCAUAAGGGUAUCCCUACUCGAUGGUCACCCCGGCACCCUCGAAAUCGAGGUUUUCUUCUCUCUCUUUAACUCUUUUUUAUCAUUUCCUUUCAACUUUGUGCAAGAGAAAGAGAUAAAAAAAAAUUUUGUGAAGUUGAGCCAGCCCCCGAUGUUCUUCCACGAGAUCAGCCCUCAGCCAAGAAAGCACACCCUUUGGAAGCAGUCCCCUGAUUUCACAAAAGGCCAAGCUCCCAAUUGGAGGAUACACUAUCUGAGGUUCCCCCCCGGUGUGCUGGACAAACACUACGAGAAGCUUCUGCAAUCCGAUGCGCGCCUGUGUGCAUUGGCCAAGAUGCCAUUCCCGAGCCACUCCUCUCCUUUUUUCAAUCAAGAAAUGCUCAUGCCCUUCUCGCUGGACUUCAACAGCUAUCCGUAUCCUCCACUACCAACAAUGGACGAGGGGACACCAUCUUGGGAUGGUUAUCAUCCAAAUGGAGGGAUGAUUGACUUUGGGGUGGCUACAGCACCCUCCCGCACAAACUACCAGCAGGCCUAUGGCUUGGGGUUGGGGUUGGAUGCACAACCUCAAUACAAUGUCAAUGCACUGGGAUUUGAUCCCAAUAUGAGUGCUCAGUGGAUGAUGCCACCUCAACCUCAGCUCUACCCUGACCCGAGCCUCAACAUGAUGGAUGAUCAAACUCUACUGAUGGGGAAGCACCAUUUCGUUGAUAACUCUCUACCUCCGUUUCCCGAUGAAACUUCGGCCUCCCCUAACUUUUACAUACCGCCAUGGGAGUAAGAGUGAUUCAAAUAGGUGCAUUAGGUAGAACAUGUAACACCUC